AUGUCGUCGUCAACAAAUUCAGAUGAUGAGUCAGGUAGGCUUCAUACUUAUACAGGUAUUGAUGCUCAAGCUGAAGCAACAAUUAAAAAUUUAGCGAGAACUUUAACUGCUCAAUCAUUAAAUAGUAUAAAUUCUUCUAACAAUAAUAAUGAAGAUUCAACUUCUGUAAAUGAUCAUCAAUCAAUUUUCUCAAAUUUAGAAGGUAUUAAUCCAGUUUUAACUAACCCUGAACAAUCUGGUUACGAUGAAAAAUUAGAUCCAACAAGUGAUUAUUUUUCUUCAACGGCUUGGGUUAAAAAUAUGGCACGUUUAGCUAAAUCUGAUCCAGAUUAUUAUAAACCUUAUUCUCUUGGUUGUGUUUGGAAAGAUUUAACUGCAUCUGGUACUUCAUCAGAUGUUGAAUAUCAAGCAACUGCUUUAAAUGCUCCUUUAAAAGCUUUAAGUUAUUUAUAUAGAGAAGUUAAACCAGUUAAUGAAGAAAAUUCUUUUCAAAUUCUGAAAGAAAUGGAAGGUUGUAUUAACCCAGGUGAAUUAUUAGUUGUUCUUGGUAGACCUGGUUCUGGUUGUACAACUUUAUUAAAGACAAUUUCAACCAAUACUCAUGGUUUCCAUGUUGGUAAAAAUGCAACAAUUUCAUAUUCAGGUUUUACUCCAAAAGAAAUUAAAAAACAUUAUCGUGGUGAAGUGGUUUAUAAUGCAGAAAGUGAUAUUCAUUUACCUCAUUUAACCGUUUAUCAAACUUUAUACACUGUUUCAAGAUUAAAGACACCACAAAAUAGAAUUAAAGGUGUUGAUAGAGAUACUUUUGCCAGACAUAUUACUGAAGUCGCAAUGGCUACUUAUGGUCUUUCUCAUACUAGAGAUACUAAAGUUGGUAAUGAUCUAGUUAGAGGUGUUUCUGGUGGUGAACGUAAGCGUGUUUCAAUUGCUGAAGUCUCUAUUUGUGGUUCUAAAUUUCAAUGUUGGGAUAAUGCUACUAGAGGUUUAGAUUCUGCUACUGCUUUAGAGUUUAUUCGUGCUUUAAAAACUGAUGCUACUACUGUUAAUUCAUGUUCUACUGUCGCUAUUUAUCAAUGUUCUCAAGAUGCUUACGAUUUAUUUGAUAAAGUUUGUGUUCUUGAUCAAGGUUAUCAAAUUUAUUUUGGUCCAGGUACUAAAGCUAAAGCUUAUUUUGAAAAAAUGGGUUACGUUUCUCCAGAUAGACAAACUACAGCCGAUUUCUUAACUGCAGUUACUUCUCCAGCUGAAAGAAUUUUAAACCAAGAAUAUUUAAAGAAAGGUAUUUCUAUUCCACAAACUCCAGAAGAUAUGAAUACAUAUUGGAAAAACUCUCAAGAUUACAAAGAUUUAAUGGCUGAAAUUGAUGAAAAAUUAAAUAAUAACGUUGAAGAUAGCCGUGAGUUAGUUAAAGAAGCUCAUAUUGCUAAACAAUCUAAUAGAUCAAGACCUUCUUCUCCUUAUACUGUCAACUAUUUCCUUCAAAUUAAAUAUCUAUUAACAAGAAAUGUUUGGAGAAUUAAAAACAACCCCAGUGUUAAUUUAUUUAUGGUUUUUGGUAAUUCAUCAAUGGCUUUAAUUCUUGGUUCUAUGUUUUACAAAGUUAUGUUACAUGAUUCUACUUCAACUUUCUAUUUCAGAGGUUCCGCUAUGUUUUUUGCUAUUUUAUUCAAUGCUUUCUCAUGUCUAUUAGAAAUUUUCACGUUAUAUGAAGCAAGACCUAUCACUGAAAAACAUAAAACAUAUUCUCUUUACCAUCCAAGUGCUGAUGCUUUUGCCUCUAUUAUAUCUGAAUUACCUACAAAAGCUGCUAUUGCCGUUUGUUUCAACAUCAUUUUCUACUUCUUGGUUAACUUCAGAAGAAAUGGUGGUGAUUUCUUCUUUUAUUUAUUGAUUAAUAUUGUCGCUGUCUUCGCUAUGUCUCAUAUGUUUAGAACUGUUGGUGCUGCUACUAGAACAUUAUCAGAAGCCAUGUUUCCGGCUUCUAUGUUAUUAUUAGCUAUGUCCAUGUAUACAGGUUUUGCUAUUCCAAAGACUAAAAUGCUUGGUUGGUCUGAAUGGAUUUGGUAUCUAAAUCCAUUGGCUUAUUUGUUCGAGUCCUUAAUGAUUAAUGAAUUCCACAAUCGUGAUUUUCCUUGUGCUCAAUAUGUUCCUCAAGGUCCUGCUUAUGUUAAUGCCACUGGUACUGAAAGAGUUUGUAUUUCUUUAGGUGCCGUUCCAGGUGAAGAUUUUGUUAAUGGUGACGCGUAUAUCAAGGCUAAUUACGGUUAUGAACACAAACAUAAAUGGCGUGGUUUCGGUGUUGGUAUGGCUUUUGCGGUUUUCUUCUUGGGUGCUUACUUGGCUGUCUGUGAAUUCAACGAAGGUGCUAAACAAAAGGGUGAAAUCUUAGUUUUCCCAAAGAGUAUUAUUAGAAAGAUGAAGAAGAAUGGUCAAUUACCUCAAAGGGCUCGUCCAGAUAAGAGAGAAGAAGAUAUUGAAAAGGGUACGACUGAUGAAUCAAGUGUUAAUGAUAGAAAACUUUUAGAAGAUUCUGAAAUCUCAUCUGAUGAAAAUAAAGAAGAAAGUAUCGGUCUAUCUAAGUCUACUGCUAUUUUCCAUUGGAGAAACUUGUGUUACGAUGUUCAAAUCAAAGAUGAAACUAGAAGAAUUUUAAGUGAUGUUGAUGGUUGGGUUAAACCUGGUACUUUAACUGCUUUAAUGGGUGCUUCCGGUGCUGGUAAAACUACGUUAUUGAAUUGUUUGGCUGAAAGAGUCACUAUGGGUACUAUUACUGGUGAUGUUUUUGUUGAUGGUAGACUUCGUGAUGAAUCAUUCCCAAGAUCUAUUGGUUAUUGUCAACAACAAGAUUUACAUUUGAGAACUUCCACUGUUAGAGAAUCCCUUAGAUUCUCUGCUUACUUACGUCAACCAUCCGAUGUUUCCACUGAAGAGAAAAACGCUUACGUUGAAGAAAUUAUUACUAUUUUAGAAAUGGACAACUACGCUGAUGCUAUUGUUGGUGUCCCAGGUGAAGGUUUAAAUGUCGAACAAAGAAAGAGAUUAACUAUUGGUGUUGAAUUAGCUGCCAAACCUAAACUUUUGGUGUUUUUAGAUGAACCUACUUCCGGUUUAGAUUCUCAAACUGCUUGGGCUAUUUGUCAAUUGAUGAGAAAGCUUGCGUCUCACGGUCAAGCUAUUCUUUGUACUAUUCAUCAACCUUCCGCUAUUUUAAUGCAAGAAUUCGAUCGUUUAUUAUUCCUGCAAAGAGGUGGUAAAACUGUUUACUUUGGUGAAUUAGGUCAUGGCUGUCAAAAGAUGAUUGAUUACUUCGAAUCUCACGGUUCUCACAAAUGUCCUCCAGAGGCUAAUCCAGCCGAAUGGAUGUUGGAAGUUGUUGGUGCUGCUCCUGGUUCUCAUGCCAAUCAAGAUUAUUAUGAGGUCUGGAGAAAUUCUGAACACUUUAAAGCCGUCCACGAAGAGUUAGAUCGUAUGGAAAAAGAUCUUCCAGGUCAAGCUAAGGAAGAAGAUGAUCCAACUGCUCACAAAGAAUUCGCUACUGGUAUUCCUUAUCAAAUCAACUUGGUCUCUGAACGUCUUUUCCAACAAUAUUGGAGAUCUCCACAAUACCUAUGGUCUAAGUUUAUCUUAACAAUUUUCAAUAUGCUGUUCAUUGGUUUCACUUUCUUCAAGGCUAAUACUUCUCUUCAAGGUUUACAAAAUGAAAUGUUAGCCAUUUUCAUGUUUACUGUUAUUUUUAAUCCAUUGUUGCAACAAUAUCUACCAAAUUUCGUCGAACAAAGAGAUUUAUACGAGGCAAGAGAAAGACCAUCAAGAACAUUCUCAUGGAAAGCUUUCAUUGUUUCACAAAUUCUCGUCGAAGUCUUCUGGAACUUCUUGGCUGGUUCUUUGGCUUACUUUAUUUACUACUAUGCGAUUGGUUUUUACCACAAUGCUUCUGUUGCUGGUCAAUUACAUGAAAGAGGUGCUUUAUUCUGGCUAUUCUCUACUGCCUUCUUUGUCUACUGUGGUUCCAUGGGUACCAUGGCUAUUUCCUUUAUCGAAAUUGCAGAAAAUGCUGCUAACAUGGCCUCUUUGAUGUUUACAAUGUGUUUAUCUUUCUGUGGUGUUAUGGUUACUAAGGAUGCUAUGCCAAGAUUCUGGAUUUUCAUGUACAGAGUUUCUCCUUUAACCUACAUGAUCGAUGCUCUAUUAGCAAUUGGUGUCGGUAAUGUUGAUAUUGUUUGUACCAAGAACGAAUUUGUUGAAUUUACUCCAGCCGCUGGUAUGACUUGUGGUGAAUACUUAGCUCCAUAUCUAGCAUAUGCUGGUACUGGUUAUCUAAGAGAUAACAAUGCUACUGAUGUCUGUGGUUUAUGUGAAUACUCUCGUACCAAUGAUUAUUUAGCUACUGUUAACGCUGAAUAUGGCCAAAGAUGGAGAAACUAUGGUAUCUUUAUUUGCUACAUCUUCAUUAACUUUGCAGCUGCUAUAUUAUUCUAUUAUUUGGCAAGAGUUCCUAAAAAGCAAAAGAAAUUAAAGGCAGAAUAA